GAAACACCCAAUACACCUAGUAAAAUUGGUUGGGGUCUUAAAGAAAACCAAAAAAGAAAGAUCCCGCGAAAAGCCAUUAGCUGUGGCUUGUUUCGUUCAGCGAGAGGCCGACCUAAGACCAAGAGCAGUGAGCUCAAUCGCCGAUGGAGUCGGAUGCGAAGGGGAAGGCGGAGAUAAGCGUGGAAGGAUACAAGGAAAGCAACAUAAAGAAAGCCAGGUUGCAGUCGACGCUUGCUGCCCUUGUCAAUGAUCCUAUACUUUCCGACGUUCCCAAAAAACCAACCUUAUCCGACGUCGACACUCUCAUCAGCCUCGAAUUGGGCAGCGCCAUGCGCAUCUCCGUCCUCAAGCUCGACGGCACUUUCUUCGAUGUGGCAGUGAUGAAUUCUGCAACGGUGAAGGACCUUAAGCUUGCAAUCAGGAAGAAAAUCAAUGAGAUGGAGCAAUCCAAGAUGGGUCACCGCCACAUUUCAUGGAAGCACGUUUGGAGGAAUUUUUGCCUCUCAUACCACAAUGAGAAGCUACUUGAUGACAAUGCUCCAGUUCAGCAUUUUGGCAUACACAAUCAUUCUCAGGUGCAUUUUGUUCCUCAUAUUGCUCUCAAGGAUUCUCGUAAGCAUUCGAAGAGGAGGAGACACCGCUUCUUUCACGGCCUCAGCAAGCUUUCUUGAUGCUUCAUAGUAUUUGCACGGUUUAUCUGCUUUUUCCUUUGCUUAAUCUUUCUUGCACCACAAUGAUGCGCAGCUUAUGGUUUUUCAUUGCUGUAAAUAUACAACGUUCUGUUUUGCAAUAAGAUGAGAUAUUCAUGGA